AUGGCAGGACUGCAGAGAGGAGUCCCCAGUAACGAGAACCACCUGCUCGUCAUCGUCAUCAUCUCGGUCGGAGCCUUCACCAUCAUCAUAGUCAUCGUCGGAGCCUUCCUCUGUACCAGACGCACCAACUCACACCAGAAGAAAAAACGCGCCGCCUCCAAGUCCUCCAAUGGUUCGCACAAGUACAAGGGUAACUCCAAAGACCUGAAGCCUCCAGACCUGUGGAUCCAUCACGAGAGGCUGGAGCUGAAGCCCAUGGACAAGUCCCCGGACCCCAACCCCGUGAUGACGGAGACCCCCAUCCCCCGCUCGUCCCAGGACAUCACCCCCGCGGACAGCGUGAUCGAGGCCAGCCACCUGCAGCAGCGACGCAACUCCUACAGAGCGGUCAUCUCAGCUCACCCCAUCCACUCCCUGGACUCGCUCCAGCCUCAGCACUACCACAGCCUGGCCUCGCCCACGCGCACCUACCUGUACCACCCCCAGGCCAGUGGAGGGCGCUACCACCCCUGUGCCUCCCCCAUCGCUCACCUGUCCCGGGGCGAGUCUAUAGAGUCGGUGAGGAACACGCCGUGCUCGGACGCCCCUCCCCCGGCCUCCUCGCUCUCCUCGCAGCUCUCCUCGCAGCUCUCCUCGCAGCUCUCCUCGCAGCUCUCCUCGCAGCUCUCCUCGCAGCUCUCCUCGCAGCUCUCCUCGCACAUAUCUCAUUCUUCUGUUCUUUAA